GAAGUGGAACGGGAUCCCGCGAGAUUUCGAUGAGUUUACUUGAGUAAAUGCCACGUCUUACCAGCGUACAGUGAAAUAUUAGCGGUUAACCGAACUAAUCACACACAGGGCGGGGAUUUAUCCAGCGACAGGACAGGUAGAGACACCUCAGACUCUCCGGUGAUAUUAUGGGCUGCUUACGUCUGCUGCUUCUGUCCGUGGUCACUUCUGCACUACUCCUGUUGGCCUCCCAGCCAACCGAAUCUCACAGCCAUUCCCAUGGCGACCAUCACCACGGCCACCAUCACCACGGCCACUCCCACGACGAGGACGAAGACGUGAGGAUGUUCCACGGAGCGAGCAAGUGGAGCGCCGAGGCCAACCUGCCUUCAGAGGAGGAGGAGCAUCACGGACACGCCCACGCUCAUGACCAUGGACACGCUCAUGACCAUGGACACGCUCAUGACCAUGGACACGCUCAUGACCACGGACACGCUCAUGACCACGGACACGCUCAUGAUCACGGACACGCUCAUGACCAUGGACACGCCCACUCCCAUGACCACGGACACGCCCACUCCCAUGACCACGGACACGCCCACUCCCAUGACCACGGACACGCUCAUCAUGAAGAAGUUGUUCGGGUGCUCAAAGAGGGGAGAGCGCACGCCCACUCACACGGGGGAGAGAGCGUGAAGCGGGACGUGGUGGAGCUGUGGACGCAGGCUAUUGGAGCAACCCUGCUGAUCAGCGCCGCUCCUUUCCUCAUCCUGUUCCUGAUCCCCGUUCAGUCCAACAGCGACCAGCACCAGAACCUGCUCAAGGUGCUGCUCAGCUUCGCCUCAGGCGGUCUGCUGGGCGAUGCCUUCCUGCACCUCAUCCCUCACGCUCUGGAGCCGCACUCCCACCACGAAGAGGAUCAUGGACACUCGCACGCCGAUGAAGAGUCACACGACCACGGACACUCUCACGGAGCCGCUCAUGCCCACAUGAUGUCUGUGGGUCUGUGGGUUCUCGGUGGGCUCAUCGCCUUCCUGGUGGUGGAGAAGUUUGUGCGUCUGCUGAAGGGAGGACACUCACACGGACACUCGCACGGACACUCGCACGACGCCCCCAAGGCGAAGGACAGCGACGGAGAGGAAGAGAAAGAAGAGAAGAAGAAAGAGGAGGGAGAAGAGCAGAGCACAGACAUCAAGGUGUCGGGGUACCUGAACCUGGCGGCCGACUUCACACAUAAUUUCACAGACGGCCUGGCAAUCGGGGCGUCGUUCCUGGUCGGUCCAGCGGUCGGCGCCAUCACCACCCUGACCAUCCUGCUGCACGAGGUCCCGCACGAGAUUGGAGACUUUGCCAUCCUUGUCCAGUCCGGCUGCACCAAAAAGAAGGCCAUGUGUCUGCAGCUGCUCACCGCCCUGGGAGCUCUGGCCGGCACAGCCUGCUCCCUAUUGGCCGAGGGGGUUGGCGCCGCGGCAACUGCCUGGAUCCUGCCGUUCACAGCUGGCGGGUUCGUGUACAUCGCCACGGUGACCGUCCUCCCAGAACUGUUAGCGGGCCGCUCCAGUUUCGGCCAGUCUCUGAUGGAGAUCCUGGCGCUGCUGUUCGGCGUCGGCAUGAUGGUGCUGAUCGCCGAGUACGAGUGAGACGCAGCCGAGCCGACAGAGACUCCUUUACAGAGUCGGGACAGACGGACCGGAGAAGGUUAGAGGUC